CACACACAAACUAUUUAUCCAUAUAUAUUACUCCCUCCGUUCCAUAAUAUAAGAGCGUUUUUGACACCACACUAAUAUAAAAAAAAGCUUUUAUAUUGUGGGACGCAGUGGCGAUUCUACACAACAGGCUUCAAUAGGCUCUAGCCUACCCUCAAAAUUUGCCACACAAAAAAACACCACCAAUGAUCAGCACACUAGUAGUUAGGUGCGCGCAUAAAAUGGCUUCCAACACCAAAAAAUUAGUGUCCUUGAAGUUGAGCCUGCCCUGCAAUUACGUCCUAGAUUCGCCAUUGGUGGGACGGAGGGAGUACUUAGUCUAGCCAACAGUUCUCGCGGCAUUCAAUGAAAGACAAAAUAAGUGUAGCUAGCCUAUAAGAUAAACCCAACAAAUCAUAUGAAGAUAAACAAAGUAUGGCUAUAAUUUCAACAUGAGCAAGGUAGUUUCAUUUUUCCCCAAGCACCUAUCCAGUUAUACCCAAGAUCUUCUUAAAUGUAGGUAAAGAUCUUCUUAAAUGGUUGGAGUCAGUUAUACCGAAGACAUCAUUAUUAGCCCCCAUGAGUUGACCCUUUCUGAAUGAUGGCUCAGAAGGACCAUAAAUGCAGGAAGAAGAAGAAGAACAAGCUUAUUAUUUGAACCAAUAAAAAAACAUCAGUAAUGUAAUUCUAAAAAACCAUACAACUAUUUUCUCUUAUUUCAAAUACUUAUUGGGAUAUUCCUAUUGCACUAUAAAUAAUUAGUGAAGGCAUACACUACAGCAAAAAAGGGGACUCUGCUUCUCUUUACACGAGGGAUGACAAGGAUUAUACCACUGCAAGCUGUACCCAUGGUUUUACCUAACAAUAUAGGAUCUGUAGAAAUAGAAAAAUGCUAGAAAUAGUACAAAAAAAAGUGAUGCACCUCAUAUUUUUCUAUUUUGGAAGGUCACUGUCGCAAACAAAAUCAAGUGCUCCAUCUUAAGUGUACCACAAAACAAGGCAGAUUUAACUAAUAGGUAGGCCACCUACGACUGGAAUAUGACACAAAUCAUCCUGGACUAAUAACUAAGACAAACAAGCGAGCAAAAUAUUUAAGAUGCCAUAUUAAUAUGGUUCCAUGGCUCCUCAAUGAGCACCAGCUGACAAGAGGAAAAAAGUUGAACCUGCUGUCAUGAGAAGAUAACGAAGGUAAUCAAGCCACUGAUCGAUAAAUUCCCUAAUUAGUCACUGCACAUAUACAACUAAGCUUUCCUGUAACUCGGAAGAAAUUGAUGUGAUCCUGGCAAAUGAAAUACAUAUGCAACUAUGCUUUCCUGUAACUCCAAAGAAAUUGAUGUUAGCCCGGCAAAUGAAAUACUCCCUCCAGUCCAUAUUAAUUGUCGCUCAUUUAUUACAACUUUGAACAAAAUCAGCGACAAUUAAGAUGGAUUGGAGUGAGCAAAUGCAAGUAUGCUUUCCUGUAACCCGGAAGAAAUUGAUGUGAACCUGCCAAAUGAAAUAAAUAUAUAUGAAACUAUGCCUUCCUAACUCAGAAGAAAUUGAUAUCAUCCUGGCAAAUGAAAAACAAAAGAACAAUCCCAAAUGUAAUAAACAUACAUCAUGUAUGUAUGCCUCAAUGUAACCACCAACAGCAUCAGUUUAGAUUCAUACUCACUCUUGAAUAUUGACUUCUUUACAUUUGCUCCUUGCUGUAGUGCAUACUCCCUCUGUAAAGAAAUAUAAUAGUGUUGAAAUGCAACACUCUUAUAUUUCUUUACAGAGGGAGUACAUAAUAUUCCUGAAAAUUAGUUGUCAUGUUGACCUUUUUUCACUUCAAAACAAAUCAAGAAUUAUCAUGUAACAUGGGGUAGAAGCAUAUCAACAUCAAAGCAAGUGCUGGAAACAUCUAAUAUAGAAACGGGAAAAAUAUCUCACAUAUCCAUAUGAAAACAAAUUGUAGAGCUCUUUUUGUUCUUCCUCACAACCCUAGAUAUCUGCUCGAGAAAAUUAACCAACAUGGAGCAUGGUGGAUGGACGAAGUGGAGGACAUGAGCAACAGAGAAAGUGUUCUGCCGCAAGAAAAGGAAGCCUACGUCUUUUUCAAGUAGCGUACUACGGACACCCCUUAUCCUUAUCCUCCAACAUUGUUUUAAGAUCCGUGCUAGACAACUAACUUACUACACCAAAUUUUCUUUUUUUUGUUUCUUAAAAAAAACACAUGAACUUCAAACUUUCCAAGACACCAAAACAUUCUAACUAGAAUGUGGGAAAAAACUUUUAGAUUUUUUGGGUUCAACAUAAAUAUAUGAAAUGGGAAUUUUUAUUAAAAAAUGUACCUUUUAGUAUUUAAGUUGCAUGAAAAAUUCUGGAAGUUUUUUCUCACAUUCUAGUUAGAAUGUUUGGUUGAGCUGCCAAGUCUGAAGUUCAUAUGUUGUUCUAUAUGGGAGAAACAAAAAAGACAAAAGUACUUGCACGAAUCGCGAUGCAAAAAUGAGUGGCUAGAUAAGAGCAUCUCUAGCAGACCCUGUAUAAUGCCCCGACCCACAAAAUAACCGCCAAAAUCCGGGUCCACGCUAAAAAUGCUACCCGAUCAAACCCCGCAAACGCGUCGGACCCAUAAAUUUUUUUGCGGGGCGCGGCAAAAGUUCGCCAUCAACCUUUAGAUUCACGGGGUGGGAGGCCGACCCGAGCUCACCCCCUAUCCACAGCGAGAUUUGGCGCGAGGAAAAUUUCCGCGCGGCCGUUCGUGCUUCCCACCCCGUUUGCCACCAUCUCUCGGCCUCCACCUGCUCCGGCCCCUUUUCCCUGGCCAUUCUUCGCCGCCAUGGAAGCCUCCUAGCGUCCCCUGUCAUCAUGGAUGUCGCGCACGUGCAAUCCCCUCCGGCAGAUCUCGUCACCAGCCAUGUCGCCCCCGCCGUCACUCAAGGCAUCACCGUGCCUGCUCGCAAGCGGCAGGGCAAUGUGGUCGUGCAGGGCGCAAAUCCGACUGGCCCCGUCGGGAAGGCACGUGCACCCGGUGCCGCUACCGCUGCGUGAUCUGCCCGGCCGCCGCCAGAGAAGAUGGGGAAGGUUUCGGGCAUGAAGCAUAAGAAUAUUCCUACGAAAAGGUCGGCACCUUCAUCCUCUCCCUCCGCCCCGGCAAGAGGUAACCCGACGAUGCCGUUUAACGGCGCUGCUUCCACCGCAGGCGAGGUGUUUGAUGAAAUGGCCAGAAGCGGUGGUUCAAACGAUGCCACUGCCGAGUUCGUCAACUUGUUGGACUCCAACACCGUGGACGUCGAUCAAGCCCCGUUCGCUGAUUUCGAUUACAAUGAAAUGGAGGGUGGCGUGGAUGAUCACGGUGGUGAAGAUGAAGUUGAGGAGAUAGACGAGGGGGUGUAUGAGAAAGCACAAGCAAAAAAAGAUGCGAGAUCGAAGAGCUGCACAAUGUUAGAGGACCAAAUAUUGAUCAAGGCUUGGAGUGCGGUGUCUCUUGAUGCUUGCACCGGUACAUCUCAAACCACCAAGAGGUAUUGGCAAAGGAUCGAAGAUCAGUACUUCCCUAUGAUGGGAAAGUAUCCCAAUAGGACUCCACGCACCUUUGGGUCACUCCAAGGUUGUUGGGACGUGAUCAAGCCGAUUUGUAGCCGUUGGGCUGCUUGCUUGGAACAAGUUUGCAAUGCACCUCCAAGUCUAACCGUGGAAUCUGACUAUGAGAAAAUUGCCCAACAAAGAUACAAAGGCAUGGAAGCUUCCGAAGGCAAAAAAAUUAAACUAGAGCAUUGCUAGGAACUGCUCAAAGGGUGUGACAAGUGGAAGUUGAUUGACAGAGAAUCCCCACCGAAGAGAGGUUCACUUACGAACAUGGAUGAAGAUGAAGAUGAUGAUGGCCCACGAAACUUGAACAAGCCCGAUGGAGACAAGAAGACAAAGGAGAAGAUCAAGAGGGAACACGAUGCAUCGAGCUUGCAGGACAAGAUAGAUACAUGGUGCAAUCAAAUGUGUUGAUGUUGGAGAAGACAUUGGAGGCAAAGAAAGAGUUGGCCGAGAAGAAGGCGCGAGAGAAGCAAGAGAAGUGGUAAUUGCUCAAGGACAAGGGGUUGCGCAAGGCGGCCAUUCAGGAGAGAAGAGACAAUGCCGCUGAGAACAAAGCCAUGGCCAAGCUUCUUGCCGAAGAGAACAGGAUCAUGACAUUGAACAGUUAUGGCAUGGACGACAUCACCAAAGAAUGGCUUGAUAUGUCAAGGAGAGACAUCUUGAAGAGGAGAAUGCUAGCAGCGGCCCGUGGGUGUUUCGGUGCCGGCGAUGCUUUCACAUUCAGUGCGCCCGGCGAUACUUUCGGUACCAGAGUUGGAAGAAGUGCCGGUGAUGGAUUCGGAGUCGGUGAUGGAAUUGAUGGCGGUGGUGCGGAGUGAAGAUCACGACCACGGGUGAAAAGCAACCAAGAUGAUGAUGGACGUGAUCGUCGCUUUUGCAUGAAGUCCUUUUGCAUCUGUCAUACAAAACUAUGCUUUUAUUCGCGCGUGAACAAUGUUUUAUUCUUCGAAUUUGCACACAA